AUGCCGAAACACGGAAAGUACCGGAUGGAAAAGCAAAGGGUAACCACUCCCCUCACUACCUUUUCAGCUUUGUCUGAGUUGUGCGCCUUUGAAGGAGACAGAGCGCAAUUUGCAGAAUGGUGGAUCAAACUCCAGAUUUGGGUCAAGGCAAACUGGGAUGCAUUUGCCGAUGACUUUGAGGUAGCAACUGCGGUGCUAUCUCGACUAAAGGGACCUGUGGCGGGUCAAUAUGCGCAAGUAAGACUUCAGGAGUGCUACAUUGCAGGUGUGUGGCCUACCUGGGACAAUCUCAAGGUUGAGAUUAAAAAAUAUUUCAAACCACAGGCUGAGCAUGAUUGGGCUUGCCAACAAAUCUGUUCCUUCAAACAAGGAAACAUGAGAAUGGAUGAUUACGUUACCCGGUUCCUAGCCCUCUCCACCCAAGGAGGGCUUGUCAAUGAACAUACAGUAGAACUGCUGGAGUGCAAUGUGAACCCACACAUUGCAGACCAGAUCUACUUGCAGGAUACAAGAAGCAAGAACCUAGCCCUGGCAGCUGAGGAAGUACAACAAGUUAGUAGAGCCAUAAAGCUCUACACUAUGCACCAAGGUGGCGGGUCCACCAACAAAAAUAAUUAUUCCCAGAGGAGCCCUAGGUUAUCAAACCAAAAUAAAAAUCACUCUCACGGGUUCCACCCAUUUGGAUUGCAACCAGGAUGGGAAGCCCUAAUGGAUAUCAGCGCGGUCCAGGGCAGACAGAUGCACAGAUUCACCUGCUAUAACUGUGGGCAGGAGGGGCACAUGGCCCAACAGUGUCCAAAUAGAGCACAGGCCACUCAACAAAAACAUAACCAAGGGCGCCAGGCAUGCCAAUUAGAAGCUGAAACACUGGACAAUUGGCUCAAUACUCUGGCCAGUUGUUUGUAUGAUGAAAUCUGGGCCUUCUUUUACAACCAGCAGCUCGCUGAGAUGAAGGCUCAGGGAAAAGAGUUUGGAGCUUAG